CCGAUUCGGUUCAGUCGAUGGAGCCAACACUUCCAUCUAGUAUGCCCUUAGUCGCAUCAUUAUCGGGUGCUGGACGAGGCAAGCCCUUGAAGCAACCGGAGUCUGCCUUGCAGAUGAAGGAAGAAAAUAGGCAUAUCCGAGCGAAGCAGGAGCAGCAACGGCAGCAACCGCCUCCAUUGCCGCAGAUGAGCAAGGAAGAAGCAGUAAAGAAAGCAAGGGAGAUUCUUUCAAGGAGAAGCGAGGGCGAUAUAAGGGAGGAUAUGGGUUUGAGUGGAGGUAGAGGAAGAGGAAGAGGUAGGCAGUCGGACAGGGGUAGGGGAAGGGGAAGAGGGCGCGGAGGAUACUCAAGGAAAUUGGAAGAAGAUGCUAAAGAGCUUGAAGAUGAUCUUUAUUUAGGAGAUGAUGCGAAUGGAGAGAAAUUGGCCCAAACCAUUGGAGCCGAAAAUAUGGCUAAGUUGGUUGAAGGGUUUGAAGAGCUUUCCAGUAGAGUCAUGCCUUCUCCUCUGGACGAUGCUUACAUGGAAGCGAUGCAUACCAACUUUAUGAUAGAGUUUGAGCCUGAAUAUUUGAUGGCAGAUUUUGAGACUAACCCAGAUAUUGAUGAGAAACCACCCGUGUCUCUUAGAGAUGCCCUUAAGAAGGUGAAACCUUUCCUCAUGUCAUAUGAAGGAAUUCAAAAUCAAGAAGAGUGGGAGGAAGCCAUCAAAGAAACAAUGGAAAAUGUACCUUUACUGCAAGAGAUCAUUGAUCACUACAGUGGACCUGAUAGAGUAACUGCAAAGAAACAGCAAGAAGAGUUGGAAAGAGUUGCAAAAACUCUUCCCAAAAGUGCACCUGCUUCUGUGAAGAACUUUGCAAACCGUGUGGUUCUCUCUCUUCAGAGUAACCCUGGUUGGGGAUUCGACAAAAAAUGCCAAUUCAUGGACAAGCUUGUGUGGGAGGUCUCUCAACAAUACAAAUGAAGGUAGAUGGCUUGGUUUAUUUAAUCGAGAUGAUACCAAGCAGUUAUGGCCUCAUGAUGCUUCUGAUUCCAUUCACCAAAUCCUUUUUCUUUUGGGAGGGAGGCGACUGGGGGAUAUAUGAACAUAGUUUCGGUGAAAAGAGAUUUUUUUUUUGCUUAUGUAUUUGAUUCCUUUAGAGGAGGAACAUCUGCAAUAGAUUUAUACGCUAGUUAAUUUUUCAGUAACGGUGAAUAA